CUUCAUUUGAAAAAUUAGAGUUAAUCAAAGGUCAUUCCUUUCUUUAUUUGUAAUCCAUAUUAGGUCAGCAAAGUGGGCAGCAGUUCACACCGGUCUUUAAAAACUGGCUGGAACUUCAUAAUAAUUUUCUUGGCAACGUACUUGUCCCGCCAGUGACAAUUGUUUUAAUGUUUUUCAAAGUUUUUUCCAAAUUUUAAAACUUUAUUAAAAAAAUAAUUAAUUAAUGAAACUUUAUAGUUAAGUGUAACAAUUUACGUUUCAAGCCUUAAAUAUUCACAAUGAAUGGUACUGAGGUUGAUGGUUCAAGUUGUUUCAAAAUUGGCCAGAAUGUCAACAUACAACGUACAGAUGGCCGAAUACAUUCAGCUGUGAUAAGUGGAAUAAAUCUUGUUAAUAAAAGUUUGACUGUAGAAUGGUUUGAAAAUGGAGAAACAAAAGGAAAAGAGAUUGAGUUUAAUAUUGUAUUCAGCCUGAAUCCAGAAAUUCCAACCGACAAUGGAAAAAUUUCUUCAAAUACUAUAAAUUCUGUGAAUUCCAAAAGGAAUGUAAAUCGUCAUACAGUUUUCACUCCAAAUAAAGAAUUCAAGGCUCCAAGUCUCAAUGUUCAGAAGUAUAACAAGACUAAUUCAGGUUCAUCACUGCCUAUGCGUGCGAAUCAUAAAAAACCCGCACAAUUAGAAAAUAUGGAAAUAAAAUAUGCUCCACCACCUCCUGCGACCCCUGCUGCAGCUCCUAGUGGGCCAUUGCAACCAAUAAAAACUGUAUCUGUUAACACUACACAGUUGCCUGGUCAAUCAAUGAAAAGAGAAGUAGAUGUUAUUACUGUUCCUAACAAAGAACAUAUAGUUGUCCAUGAGCCUAGAACUAAAGUAGAUUUAACCAAAUACUUAGAAAACCAGUUAUUCAGGUUCGAUUAUGCAUUUGAUGAGAAUGCAGAUAAUGAAAUUGUAUAUAGGUUUACUGCAAGACCAUUGGUCCAAACUCUUUUUGAAGGUGGAAUGGCUACUUGCUUUGCUUAUGGUCAAACUGGUAGUGGAAAAACUCAUACAAUGGCUGGAGAUUUCAUUACAAAAUCUUCACAAGAUUGCAGCAAAGGAAUAUAUGCUUUAUCCACUCGUGAAGUGUUUAGUCUGUUGAAGAGUCCACAGUACAUGCAUGAAGGUCUUUCAGUAAAUUGUAGUUUCUUUGAAAUAUACAGUGGAAAAGUAUUUGAUCUCUUAAAUAAUAAAUCAAAGUUGAGAGUUCUAGAGGAUGGUAAGCAGCAAGUUCAAAUUGUAGGUUUAAGAGAAAGAGAAGUCCAUUCUGUUGAAAAUGUACUAGAGCUAAUAACUCAUGGAAAUAGUGUAAGGACUUCUGGACAAACUUCAGCGAAUCAACAUUCCUCUAGGUCUCAUGCAGUCUUUCAAAUAAUAUUAAAGAAGCCUAAUGGACGAUUGCAUGGGAAGUUCUCUCUAAUUGAUUUAGCUGGCAAUGAACGUGGUGCUGACACAUCCAGCGCAAAUAGGCAGACGCGAAUAGAAGGUGCUGAAAUCAGUAAAAGUUUACUUGCAUUAAAAGAGUGCAUAAGAGCCCUAGGUAGGAAAGGUGCCCACCUACCAUUCCGUGCUAGCAAAUUAACUCAGGUUCUCAAAGAUUCUUUUAUUGGAGAAAACUCUCGAACGUGUAUGAUUGCGAUGAUUUCCCCUGGCAUGAACUCUUGUGAACAUUCCUUAAACACUCUUCGCUAUGCUGACCGAGUUAAGGAAUUAGGUGCUGAAAAUCCGGAAUUAAAAAAUUCUAAUGGUGAUGAGCAAAACAAUCAAAAUGAUGAUCUUGCCCUUCUCUGUUCUGCUAAUGAAGGCGAACUUUCUGCAGAUCUUUAUUCAUUUCAUGAAGCUAUUUCUCACGUUCAAGAAAUGGAGGAAGAGGUCCUAGAUUCUCAUAAAGCUGUGAUAGAAGCUUCUGAAAAGUGGUUCAAUCGUGACAACUUAUUACUUGCUAUGUCUAAUGAUGUUGAUUAUGAUGUUGACUCUUAUGCUCAACAACUGGAAUCUAUCUCAUUGCUGAAAAAAUGGAUGUGCUUUAAAAGUUAAAUGAGAAAGUUUCUAUUUUCCGUCAACAACUGGCCGAAGAAGAAAAAAUCAGCAAGACAAUGAAGAAAAAGUGAUAUUGUUGUCAAUUAGAAACACAUGUUUUCAUUUGUACAAAAAUUGCUUGGGAUUUAAAAAUUCUUUGCACUUAUAGGUUUAUGUAGGUAAAAACCUACCUCAGCCUAGUCAGUUCUGUGCCUCUUGUAAAUAUGUAACAUGCUUUGACUUACAAGAAAUCUCUUCCUUUCUCAGAUUUCAAUGAAAGUAUGUCAUCUAACAUCCUGUCCACUGGAGAAAGUUGGUAUAUAACUUAAUGAUAAGGUUUAUACUUUUACUUUAAAGGCCUUUUUUUUUAUCCUUUUUUUUAAAGAGUAAGCUUUUAGUUUUAUAAAAGAUGUAUGCAAAAUCUGUAAAUAUUUCUAAUCCAUCGUAGUGUUUAUUACUUUUUAUAUUCCUAUUUACACUAGCAAUAAAUUGUAUUUAAUUAAAUCACUUUUUGUCUAGGUUGCAUGAUGUUUUAAUAUUCUUUUAAAAUGCUUAGUUCUGUAUUUUGUGUUUGUGUGUUCGAAUUGCUUGUGUUUAGCUUUUAUAUGUUUUAUGUGCUCUUCCACAAAGUUAAGUGUUCCGUUUAAUUUUGAAUAACUUUAAUGGGAUAAUGUCUUGAAUGAAAGUCUGUGUGAAGCUUACAAGUAUUUUGACACUUCAAUUUUAAAUGAAGCUGUUAUAAGAUGUUCUUUUUUGUAUUCCAACUAAAAUAUUCUUAGAAUAAAAAAAUUGCCUUGUAUUGCAGUGCUUUUUGAAAAAGUAGACAAUGAAAAUUUUUACUAUCUACUAAAAUAGUGUUUCAUAAAAGAUUUAAAAUACAUAGUAAUAAGUUUUUUACAGAUGUGUUUCGUAAGAAAUUCCAAAUCCUUUAGGGCUUUUUAAAAAUUACAUAAGGAUGAGACCCCAAAAUGGACUUCUAAACACCACUUUUAGACUUUAGAAAAUAUUGAAUUUUUAACAAAUUGUAAACUUAUAGUAAUUGUUUCAUAAGAUUUCAAAUCCAUGAAAAGGAUUGUGAAAAUAGUAUGCUUUGUCUUUAAAUCCCUAAUAUCUACUUUAAAAAAUACAAAUUUAAAUUUCCAUACAUAUGCAAACUUUGUGUAGGUGUAAGGUCUAUACUUUUAUACUAUGAACUGUCUUUGGAUACAAUAUUAUUUUUGUCAAACUUUUACAAAUGUGUUAAAAAAAUCACUCAUUCAAGUGUUUUUUUUGGUACUUUUUUAGUUAAUAUUUGAGAAAAAAAAAAUUUUUUUUUUGAAAAAUUAAAAUGUUGCCAUUGCUUAGGAAAAAUUGUUUUUAUGCUUUUUAAAGCAAAAUUUUAAAUAAAUUAAAAAAAGUCUACAUCAAAUUUAAAAAUUAUAAGGUCCUAUAUGUAUUAAAAUAUUACAAGUGUUAAAGUACUUUAUCUGAAAUAUUUGGUUCUGUGAAUCAGUUAAAAAUGUUGGAUAAAAGUUGCAUUAUCGGAAGAGAAAUUUUGACCUAGUUCCUUUUUUAUUUAUUUCUUAAUCUAAUACAAAUCCUUCCGGUUGAGGUAUUUGUUUAACCUUUUAAAAUGUUAAAUGUUACUAAACAUUAUGUCCAGUUAAUAAUGUUAUAACUGCAUAAGAGUUUUAAGGUGUGUGUUAACAUUGUUUGUAUUAAUUGCUAUAUUCUAAAAUGUUUAUUCAGAAAUAAGGGGAAAGAAUAUGAUCUGUACGAUUGAUUGUUAAAUGAAAUUUGUUUCCCGUCAAUUAAAAAUGCAUUUUACUGAAAUAAAGUUUUAUCUUUCCCUAAAUAGAUGUGUAUUUGAAUUUUGUUAUUGUAUUUAAAAGUGCCAAUACAUGCCUAAUACCUUUUACUUUUGGCUUUUGAAAAUACUUAAUUGUAAAACAAGAGUUAAUGAAACAUUAAAUAAAAGAUGGUAUUUUUUA